UGAAAAAAAAAUUGCCCCUUUCUGUUUGCACCUCCAAAAUUAAUCGGGGAGAAAAAAAAAGGAGAAAAAGAAGAAAAAAGAUGGCGAUGAUGAGAUCAGAUCGCAGAGGUAGAGUUCUCUGGGGUCUGGGGAGGAGGAAGCUAGCGCUCCCCGUGGCGAUCCUCUAUUGUUCUCUCUUCUUCCUCGCUGGAUUUUUCGGAUCCAUGCUCUUCUCUCCCAAGGGUCACUCAGGAGAGGCUGUACCUCGCACGAGGUACAUGGAAAUGGCUGACGACGGUGGGGAGCUGCUCGCAAUGCCGCAUGGGGAGAGCGGAGAUCCUAAUCCCCAUCCUAUCCCUUUCCAGGUUUUGAGCUGGAAACCACGUGCGCUGUAUUUUCCAAAAUUUGCAUCAGCAGAACAAUGUGAGAUAAUAAUAAAAAAGGCUAAAACAAGACUUAAGCCAUCAACACUGGCUUUACGCAAGGGGGAGACUGAAGAUACCACAAAAGGAGUAAGGACAAGUUCUGGAACUUUUGUAAGUGCCUCCGAAGACUCAACUGGAACUUUGAGCUAUGUUGAACAGAAGAUAGCAAGGGCCACAAUGAUUCCAAGAGAGAAUGGAGAGGCUUUUAAUAUCCUUCGUUAUGAGAUCGGGCAGAAGUAUGCUUCUCAUUAUGACGCUUUCAACCCAGCUGAAUACGGUCCACAAAAGAGCCAACGGGUAGCUUCUUUUCUGUUGUAUCUAUCUGAUGUAGAGGAGGGCGGAGAGACCAUGUUUCCCUUUGAAAAUGGAGCAAAUAUGGACAUUGGUUAUGAUUACCAGCAGUGUAUUGGUUUAAAGGUUAAGCCACGCAAAGGAGAUGGUCUUUUAUUUUACUCAUUGUUCACAAAUGGGACAAUUGACCCGACAUCUCUUCAUGGUAGCUGCCCUGUCAUUAAAGGAGAGAAAUGGGUUGCGACAAAAUGGAUCAGAGACAAAAAGAACUGACCGAGGUUUUACCAUUUUGUGUGGCAACCAUGCGCGAUUGUCUUUUGCACAUCAAAGGAGAAAAAUUUGCAGAAGAAUGGGAGAGAUCUAAUCAUCUAAUUUAAUUAGUACAGCACAGUUGUAUUCUUUUGUAUAUUGGCCUUUCAUUUAUCACCUUAUGUGACCUUGUCAGAAUUUUGGUAAAUGUAGUGGGAGGGAGGAUUAUAUAAGCUGGCUAAAUGUACACAGAAAUAGAGUAAUGCUUGUUGUACUAUUAUUUGGUAUCUUAUUCUUGUAUUCAUGUGAAUGAUAAAAAGGUUAAGAAACUCCUCUAAUUUUGGCUUGAAA